AUGGAUCGACAACUUACCCAAGCUGUAGAAAUAGCGUUGAGUGGGACAUCUGAUCAAAGAUUACAGCAAGAGGCUAUUGAUUUCAUCAACAAGAUCAAAACUUCCGAUGAAGGGUGGCAACAUUGUGGGAACCUAUUAACUAGUAAUUUUGAGCUUGAUCAACAAACAAAGUUUUUCAUUUUUCAAGUAUUUGAUGAGAAAAUACAAGCAUUGAAUAAUGAUCAACUGCUAAUACUGAAGGACUUCCUAAUUAUGUAUCUGACUCAUAUGUUGGAAAAUGGUAUUAUUGAACCUGUAUAUCUCAGAAACAAACUAGCCAAAUCUUUUGGUCUGUUGUUUGUCUACUCUUAUCUUACUGUAUAUCCGGAAUUCCUCAGAGAUCUCCUUCAGACAACGAAGGAUGGGAACCACUUAGCAAUGGAUUACUAUCUCCGAAUCCUGCUAGUUAUCCAUCAAGAAAUUGGUGACAAUCUGAUUAUUAGAGAAAGAUCAAGCGUGGAACACAAUAACAAACUGAAAGACCAAAUAAGGGCGAACGAUAUGUUGGCUUUGACACUCUCAUGGAAAAACAUACUACAGCGUUACUCAACUCCAAAGACAAGCACAACUGAUCCUAGGGAUCAAUUACAAGGAGAAAUAUUACACAACAGUUUGUCUGCCAUAAGUGGUUUCAUAUCCUGGAUUGAGAUAGGUUUAAUCAUGGAACAAGAAUUCCUUGGUCUGAUUUUUCAAACUUUGGAAACCAGUGAUCAGCAACUACAAAUUGGAGUCUUGAACUGUUUGAACGAAAUAAUUUCCAAGAAAAUGCCUCCUUUAAAGAAAUUGGAACUACUUAACUUAUUAAACAUUACCAACACAAUCAAUAAUCUUAAGUUCGAAGGCCUCUCUGUGGACUUGAUGGAGGCUGUCACCAAAUUAAUCAAUACAGUUGGUGAAGAACUGAUUCGCAUUCUAGAUAGCUCUUCGAUUGAAGAGUUACAAAACCAACAAUUCAAAAAUGUUACGUGCGCCAAAUUAGUGGAAUUAUUGCCUCUGGUUUGUGAAUUGUUGGGCCAUGACUAUGACGAUGUUUCAGUUAAAAUUUUCUCCUUUAUAGCCAAUUACCUUUUGUUUUUGAAGAAGAAUAUCACCAAUAAUGCAGUUGAUUUUCAGGUUCUUAGCUCUGACGAAAUUUUGGCUACUCUUUUGAAGAAGAUUAUAGAGAAAAUGAAAAUCGACGAAGAUGAUGAUGGAGACGAUGAUGAGGCAAUGGAAAGCUUCAAGGAGGUCAGAAACAAACUGAAAAAUUUCCAAGAGUCAAUUUUGAUGCUCAAUGAGACGCUAGCAUUAGACAUUAUUACCAAUGUUAUCAACCAAUCAUUGUUUAGUGCAAUUGAAGCUUCAAAUAUAACCGUUGACUGGAGGAACAUUGAGUUGGGAUUAUUUGAACUGAACAGCUAUAAUGAGCUUUUGAGGAAUAAUGUCAUGAACUUGCCCAAGACGAUGAUUAAUAACUCGCAACCCUACUAUGUGUUCAACGAAAUGCUAUGUAAGGUUAUCAAUCAUUCUCCAAAAGUGUUGGUGAACCAUCAAUUAAUUCAGUUAUCCUUUUUUGAGCUAAUUCUGAAGAAUUAUAGCUUUUUCAUCAACACACAUAUUCAGGUUGAGAACCAAGACAAGAAUGAACUUCUACUGAAGGUCUUGAAGAUAUUUUUGUCUAAUUUUGGUGUGUUUAACGAUAUUGGUAAAGUGAAAUACAGAACCUGGUUUGUUUUUUACAGAUUCAUUAAAUUGACCAAUCCACGAGUCCCAGACCCAACAUUAGAGGAUUUGAUUAAUACUUUGCUGCCUCUUCUUGACCUACAAAGGUCCCUGAACGAACUAAUCAGUCAACCAGCUUGCCAAGGAAAUUACGAUAUUGAUCUAAGCUCUCUCCAGGAAGAUAGUAUCGAACAUCGCUUGUACCUUUUCGAAGCUGUUGGUUUACUCAUUUCUUUUAUUGACGAAACUAACGUUGAGUUUAAGAUUAAGAUGAUUGAAUUGGUUUUACAACCGUUGUUUUCAAUUGUCGAAAGCUGCAUUAACAAUUGUAGUUCUGCUGAUUCGAAUAAACUAAUUGUUGUACAUGCUCAUCAUGCUCUGAUGAGUAUUAGUUCAGUUGUUAAGGGAUUUGAAACCUCCAUUACUUACGAGAAGAAUGUCAAAGUUGAAGAGGAGAAAAUAAUCAGUAAUCUACAGCAGAUCUCUGAAGUGAUUUUGAUUACACUGGAGAAUUUUAUUCAUUACCCAAUUAUUCGUGAGGCAUCUCGUGUGACUAUUGUUCGAUUGUUUCUGAUUUUGGUUAAGAAGCCCUCUCUAACUCAGGAUACGAUUGAUGCAAUAUUUAGAAAGUUUUUGGAAGUCAUAAUGAAUCAAUUUGACGAAUUGCAGACGACUGAAGUAACUGACUUUUUUCAUUUCAUUACUCAGGUUGGUCACUAUUGCGCAGGUUUUGAGAAUAUUUAUAGCAUUCUCAACUCUCUUCUUGCUCCUCUUUACAACAAGGUACUUGAGCGUUUGAAGCUGUUGGAACAAGAGGGCGACAAAGAUCCCCAUUUAGUGAGGGAAAAGAAAGAGUUAAAGAAGUCACUGGUCUCUUUCUUCAUUUCCAUAUCCAACAACCAUUUGACAUCGAUCCUUGUGACUUAUGAGAAUAAGUCGCUGUUGAAUGAUUUGAUCAAUAGGUUAUUGAAUUAUUCAAUGGAUCUUUCUGAUUCAGCUUUGUGCAAACUAGCCAUUGGAGAACUGGGAUGUUUAGUCGAAAACAUAGGCACUGGAAGGGUGACAGACGCUCAGGAUAUUGGGAUUAAGGCAAACAAUGCGUUUGAGAACGUUGACGAUCUGUUGAUACAGAACACCAUUGUUCUAGUAUUUGAACUACUGUUUAAGAGCCCUCAGGUUGAUACUAAGGAUGCUCAAUUUCGUUUGAUAGUCACCGAGAUCACAAGAUUGUUAAGAAAACUGGUGGUAAUGGGGGUUGAGCAGCCCCCUCAAACUCAAAAAGAUUCUCAAGGGAAUAACAUUACUCCUCUAAAACCAAAUGAGGCUGUUUUGCAAAAUUUACAGGGUUUCAUGGCUAAUAACAUGCAAUUUCCCAUCAACGUGGUAACGGACCUACUUCAGAAGCUUAUCUCCCAACAGGAGAGACAUUUCAGCAAAUAUCUGUUGCAAUUGGUCAUUGAUUACCGGGGAACUUGA